GGAGAAACGAUGGAAUACAUAACCUCUUCGGUUUGUUUGCGAUAGACUAUGAAGCAGUUGUACAGCUAUUUUAUUUAAGAGAUUAAAUAACAAUUAAUUGUAUCAGUCGACGACGAGUAAGACAUUCUAGUGUCCUUUUGUAACUAAUUAUGAUAGUUCUCUUAAUGAAAAUUAUUUCUUAAAGUACAUGUUUAACCACAAAGAAAAUACAUAUCUUUUCCCGAAUUGGUCACGGUAGCCACAAAUAAUUAACAACUACAUGUUAAUUCACAAAACUACAGUUAUGUUGAGAACUAAAUGUGUUUUACGUCUAAUGUCUUUCAAUGUGCAAAGUACAUGUCAAGCAUCUUUCAAAAAAGACUCCACAAAGGGUAAUAGAAAGAAAAAAUUAAUGAAAGAAUUUAAAACAGUAUUCGGUCAACUAGUAGAAACAAAAGCUGAAAAGAAAAAGAGGCUGAAAUUGGAGGAAAAGGGAAAAAUUCCCCAACAGGAAUCAAACCAAAAUAAUACAGAAUUAUUCUGGGUUUUGGAGAAUUGUCACAAGAAUCUCCAAAGCAUUACAGUACCUGCAAAAUCAAAAGAUGAAGUUUUUGAAAGUCAGAUUGUUAAAAAUGAAAAGAAUAUUUCUUUACCAGAGAAAAAUGAGACUGUGCGGGAAAUAGAUGAUGAAAUUUCAAAUCAAACGUGUAAUUUGUCAGUAAUGACCAAAGCUAGUAGUAAUAAGAAUCGUAAUAAAGUUAUAUCCGCAAUGGAAACUUUAUGUCCUGAUCAAAAUGUAAAAGAAGAUGGUAAUAUUCAUAAUAAUGCAUCAUUGCCUAACUCAAAUGUAUCCAACAUGGAAAAUGCAAAUGCAAAAUAUAAUGUGCAUUCUAAUUCUGAAAGACCAUCUAAUAUUAUUAUAAAGAAUCUACUAUCUUUUCCAAUUAUAAGCAAUAAGCAAGAAUCCUUUAAAGAGUCAACUCAGUCAACAGAAAUAUUGUCCAUAUCUGGAUUGGAUGAUCCAAAAACGUUCAAAUUUCCCAGCGUAACUAAAAUUCUCACGCACACCAUGCCAUUAGAGUCAAAGCUGGCUUUAGAGGCAUGGAAAAAAAGAAUGAUAGAAAAGCUUGGAGAAGAGGGAUUCGAAAUGCAUCAGAAAGCGCUGUUAGAGGAUGGAGCAUCUCUGCACACGUGUAUAGCACAAAAUUUGCUUGGGAAAGAAUUUGAGCUUCCUCCAAGAACCGAGCCGGUGUUUAAGAGCGUUCAAUCUGUUUUGGAAGAUGUAUGCCAGGUGAAAGCGAUCGAAACGCACGUGGCUCACACAAAGUUGCAUUACAAGGGUGUAAUUGAUUGUGUAGCGUCUUAUAGGGGUGAAAAUUAUGUAAUCGAUUGGAAGAAAUCGGACAAGAAGAAGUUGAAUCUGAAAGAAACAUAUGACGGACCUGCACAAGUCGCUGCGUAUAUCGGAGCUAUCAAUGCUUCUAAUCUCUAUCCUUUUGUGAUAAAACGCGGACUACUCGUAAUUGCUUACACAUGUGGUACACCAGCAUCGGUACACGAGAUAUGUAACAACACGUUGCAGCAUUACUGGACGAUAUGGCUGCAUCGCCUGCAGAAAUACUACGUCGAAACGGCGAAUAAUGAUGACAAUGAGAACAUUCCCCAAUAAAACACUAAUGUACCAACGUGCCACGUAUAUUCAUUAAAACUUUCCCAUACAGAAC